GACCUUUUGUCCUAAACUCCGACAACAAAACACAAUUCAAGUGCCUCAGUAAAGACAUUGUCUUCACCACAAAAGUAGUGGGGACCAAGGAAGGGCGAAAGGCUCCCAACUAUGUCUGGUUCAACCUUGGAAGACUGUCAACGGUUCUUGGCAGCUGUAAAGAACCUCAUUGAUGAUCCUCAUCACAGUGUCCUUCUGAACCCCUCCGGUUGUGCUGGAGAGCAAAUCAUGCCCUCCCCCACGAACCUCAGCAUAACCCCAAUGGUAGUUGACAUCUCAUCCAACCUUCAGUCCUUGGCUUUGGAGCCAUUCGAAAUCGAAGUUCUCAAGACAGAAUUCGACCACUCUCUGGCGAUUCUUACCGAUAACUGGACGGAUGUUCCUGUUCAGCCCUACAAUCAUCCGCAGGCGCCAGAACGACUGCGCAGUUAUUCCUCCGCUAUUCAGAGUCUUUAUGAGUCAGAAGUGCUCAGCUUGAAGCGCAAAUUCUUGGCCCAAAUUGAGGCUCUUCAGCACGAAGGUUCUCCUGACUCAGUGAUAGCGGCCACGGGCGGACUAGACUGCGAUGAUUCAUCCUCCGUUGUUUCCAGUGACGAUCUCACAUCCAGUGAUCCCGAUGACAAUUCUGAGCAUGAAGAGCAAUGUUCAGAACUUGAGCGAUAUUAUCUUAUUCUUGAGAGGAUUUUUCUUUCCGGUAUCAGACACCCUACUCGAGAGCAGAAGGCCGUGAUGGCCGCGAAGUGGAGUGUUUCACCGCGGUCGAUCGCAGUUUGGUUCCAGAACCGACGCGACAGGGAGGACGAUGACAUUAUGGCGGAAAUCGACUUUGCUGCAAGGCUACAUAUCGGCGUAGAAGAUGAGGGCGAUUGGAGUGAUGAGGGAGAGGUACCUUGGGAUUCCCUUGAAGAUUUCAAUAACGAUGAUGAUGAAAUCCCGGACCUUCCGGUCAUCGAAUCUGGCGCCGCCCCCUACCGCAUUCCAUCUCUCUCACACUCAGUGGCAACAGAGUCAGAUUCCAGUGCGUCUCGUUUCCCUUCUCCUGUUAACACGCUUGGGGUCCCGUCUCCGCCCUUUAAAUCGAAUGACUUCCCUGGUGCCUGUCCGACUACUCCUGAGGUCCCACCGCAAACUCCGUCAUUACCUUCCAUCUCAGCAUUCAUUCCCUCUACCACUCCGCAAUCCCAAAAUUCUUCAUUGGUUGAAGGACCCGGACAUCAAUCCCUGGUCCAUAUCUCCGCCUCAUUUGCCUCAAAAGAUAUGCCAUCAUCAAUAAUGGAUACUCGACAAGACUGGCUUCCGAAGGCAUCACGUUGCUCUCUAACCCACACUCCGCCAUCAAACACAUGCGAGGCUCCGGGGCAGACUUUAUCUUCGGACUUGUGCAGCCCGUUUACUUUUCAACCCUCAAACGCAUCGUCCUCCAUCUUCCCCCCGUUUCCGUUCAAAUUCACUUCUCCUUCCUCAUCAUCUCCGGUCUUGCGCCCCUCUUUUUCUGCAUCCACCCGCGCCUCAACGCCAACGCGCUCAAGUCCUUGCUCCCUUGACGAGAUAUCUGAGCCACCAGUCGCUCCGACAACUCCAAACGUAUUUUCGGACUCACUUCGUGCACCGAUCAUGCACAGUGCCUCUUCAUCUGACCUACCUGUCGGGCCGCCGAUCCAUGAAGAGAUUGAUCGUCCAGCGGCCGAUACGCUGAGGAUUACUACAUUCAAAUUUGACUUUAGUCCCCCUUGUCUCAUUCAGCCGUGCGACACGUAUCCUAAUGUGUUUGGAACCUCUCACAUCGAGCCAACAGAGGCUACGCUCAAGUCCAGAGAGGCAAAGUCCCCUGCCGUCGGUGGAGAGCAACUCUGCGAGGGCGUUGAAGAUACUGGAGCAGGACUUUCGAAAGAGCUUGGGUUACCAGCCCCCAAAGACAUCACGCGUUCUGUGUCAUGCACGGAGAUCCAUGAAUCAGAGAUAGGUCGCAUCAUAUUUUUCCCGUCCGCCCAGGACUUGUCAGAAAACGAGAUGAACGUUUCAACCACAUUCGAACAACCUAGUUUGAACAGACCUCUUGCAUCCUUUGAAGACGCUGUCCAGUUGCACUUCUUGGCUACAGCAGCAGCUCUCGUUGACGAUCGCCAGCAUGCCGGAGCACGACGAUGCGGACGUGAACUCAUUGAUACUGUCGCAGAAGCUUCGCCCAAGACAAACCCGGGUCGCGUUUCGGACGAUGAUGAGCCAUUGAUGGGUGUUCUUCCACCCAUGGAAUCACACACCAGAGUGGAAGGUGCUGCAGCACUGGCAAUGGCAAUUCCAGAGCACGUGCCGCUUCCUCCGAGUCCGUGCUUACAGCCUUCACAUCCGGUCAGUGUCACAGAGCCUGCGGAUGGCCACUUUCCAACCUCUCCCCACACUCCCGGGAAGGUCUCCGCACUCCUUCUAGAAAGCUCAACCAUCCCGUGCCAUAGUCCCAGUGCACGCCACCCCAGCGGCACAUUCGGGAACCCCACAGAAAUUCCAUUACCUCCAUCACCACGCCCAUCCACUCCAUCCCUAUCCGAAGAUUGUUUCGAUGGCCUCAGAUUCUCACCGUCUUCCUCCUCAGAUGCCAGCAGUCCUCCAUGCCCACUUACCCCCCGCGAGAUUGACAAUACAUUGGCCGAAGAUGCCAGGCCAAUCGUCAUCUUUCCCCCCAUCAAUACCUUCCAAUGCUCUGACCCGGCCAUUCCGCAGCCACUUUCACUCCAGGAACCAUCUCUCCUUGAUCUCUCUUGGGGAUCUGAUCUUCACUCGGCUCUCAGUAAUACUCGUGAGCUCUCUCCAUUCGAGGAAUUUAUGUCCUCGUCUCUCAUCUUUCAAACCCCACCCCCCAAACCUAACCCGGAAGUACAGAGUUUAUUAGAUUCUAUCCUCCGAAAUUGGAGCAGCCCUGGUUUGGGACACCUGUCUUGAUUUUCACAAUCUCAUUCUAGCGCUCGUGGUUUUGCAGGCUUAGAUCUCCCAUCGGCAUCCAUUGGACUCACAUAGCAUUCUCAUCCCAGAUCUUGCUCGCUUCUACAUUCCGCUUGAUUUUAGUCAUGUAGUACCAACAUAUUUCGCUUUUACCUCCUGCUUUCAGGAUUCGUCAUAUCGUUAUUUCAACUUGUGCUUGCUGUCCACA